AUGUUGCAUGAUAGAGCGAGGCCCUCGCAUUCCCCAUAUCGGCCCGGGGGAAGAGGCUCAUCCCUCUACUCUGACAACUUCACCCCUCUCACCAAAACCCCAAGUGAAAUACUGGCCACUGAGAGGGUGAAGAGCUCCUUCCCAAGACUGCCACCCAUAAAGCCCGGGCCAAAAGCACAACUGAACGAGUAUUGUGACUUUCACAAAGGAUUCGGUCAUAAAACUGAUGAUUGCAUGUAUCUCAAGAGGGAAAUAGAGGCCGCGGUGAAAACGGGCAAACUGGCUCACUUGGUUAAGGAGAUUAAGGAAGGAGGAGGGGAUCGCAAAGGGAAAGAUGUGCGGGAGCCUGGAAGGGCAGAUGUAGACAUGAACCGAAGGAGGAAUGAAUUUGAUACCACUAGAAGUGUAAAGGCCAGGAUUCUGGGCUCACCAGACCGCAUGAAAGCUCCCACCUUGAUGCCACACCUGGAGGAAAACGAAGUGCAGCGACUCCCCCUUAACAUCUCAGCCAUAAUAGUCGGCCACAAGGUGGCCAGAAUACAUGUGUAUUGGGGAUCCGGGGUAGAAGUAAUCAAUGAACACUGUUUCCUCAGAUUUGACAGGGACGUAAGAGAUAGACUUGAGGAGGACUCUAUCCGCCUAGUAGGUUUCAACAACAGCGUGUCACACCCUUUGGGAAAGAUCAAACUCCCAUUUACAGUCGGGGUCGGGGAUCGUGUCCAAACUAUAAACUUAACCUUCACAGUGGUCCGAGCACCCUCAAUAUACAAUGCAAUCCUGGGAAGACCGGGGAUUGGGGACCUGCAAGCACAGGCAUCAACACCGCAUGGAGCUCUAGUGUUCCAAACACCAAAGGGCCUGGCCUGGGUAAAGUCUGCGUUUGAAGUAGUCUCUUCUGUAUCUGAGGGAAAGACACCUGAGAAGUCCCAAAAAGACGGGGUCUAA